AGUCCAAGUCGAGAGCCCAUUGGCAUCGGUUGGUGCGGUUUUUAGGUCCUGCCGAAUAAUUCGCAAAAAUUUGUCCAUUUGACGAAUCGAAAGUGACGUGAAAAGUUGGCGCGUUUUUAUUGCCAGUUGGCCUGACGACUUGAGCUCGACGAAAAAAGUAUAAAAAAUAAAAAUAAAAUGGCUCAUCAUUCUCUACGGGCAAGUGAAAUGAAAUGUGCGCAUCGCAUCCGCUCGUCCCGGGUUUCAUCAUAACGUGACAACAAUUUUGAUUUGGCAGUGCGGCAUUGGCUUCUUGCAGCAACUCUGACUAAUGAAUAAAAGUAGACGGAGACAGUCAGCAAAAUAACUUGUUAAGGAGCAGCCCAGAGAGCAUUCAAAGCGAAAAGUUCUUCCAAGGAGGCAUCCUUGCCAAAAAGGAAUUAUACACGUUGCCAAGAUGCUUUUGGCCCACUUGAGCUGGGUUUUGGCCUGUUUCAGUAUCGCCCAGGCGCGAAUUGGAUACUUUUGGCAUAUUAGUGAUCUGCAUUUGGACACACUCUACUCCACGCAGGGGGACAUCUACCGGAGCUGCUGGCAAUUGGCCCGAUCGGUGUCAGGAGUCACCUCGAAUGCCAUUUCCGAGCCGCCCGGCCCCUUCGGCCACUACAAUUGCGACAGUCCUUGGAGCCUGGUCGAGUCCGCCAUCAAGACUAUGAAGGCCAAGCAGGGCGACAAUGUGGAGUUUGUCCUUUGGACCGGCGAUGCUCUAUCCCAUUCCGCCCAGCCACUUUCGGAGCAGAAACAGCACGAAAUCCUGCGAAAUAUCACGGAAAUGCUGGGACGCAGCUUCUCCUCGCAGUUUAUAUUUCCGGUGUUGGGGCACGAAGACGGCAGUGGCAGCUACCGGCGGCUGGGGGAGUUGUGGCGCCACUGGUUGCCGUCAGAGGCGCUGGUGACCUUCGACUUGGGCGGCUACUAUUCCAUCGAACAGACCAAAAGUCGUCUGCGCAUCGUUGCCCUCAACACGAACUUUAUGCGAAUGGAUCCCGACCCAGAUCCAAGGGCCUCCUUGAGCCUGCGAUGGCCGGCGGAGUACUUUGCAGAGCCCAAGGCGUCUGUCAGCUCGAACUCGGCCCAGGAUGAGGUUCUAGCCGAACAGCAGUGGUUGUGGCUUGAAGAGGUCCUGACUAAGUCCAGGGAUAAACAGGAAACGGUCUACAUAGUGGGCCACAUGCCGCCGGGCGUGGACGAACGUCACCUGGGCCCCCAGCACAACCAGAUUAUCUUCACGGAGCGCAACAAUCGGCGCUACCUGGAGAUGGUCCGGAAAUUCGCUCCCGUCAUCCAGGGACAGUUCUUCGGCCACCUGCACUCGGACACCUUCCGACUAAUCUAUGAUGCCAAAGGCAAUCCCAUAUCGUGGCUCAUGAUUGCCCCCUCGAUUGUGCCCCGGAAGGCAGGCAUCGGCUCGUCCAACAAUCCUGCCCUGCGGCUCUACAAGUUCGACACUGGAAGCGGCCAGGUGCUGGACUACACCCAGUUCUGGCUGGAUCUGCCGCUCGCCAACCGAGCCCAUGAGCCGCUCUGGCAGCCGGAGUACAAUCUGACUCACUACUACGCCCUGCCGGAGAUCUCCGCCGGGGCGCUGCACAAUUUCGCCGAGCGUUUUACGGGCACCGACCCCUCCUGGUUCACCAGAUACCACCGCGCCAAUGCCGUGCGAUUUCAGUCCGGAACGGCCUGCCAGGGCCUCUGCAUGCUCAAUCAUUACUGCGCCAUCACGCGCCUGGACUACGACGAGUUCCGGCUCUGCCUGGAGAAGGAGCAGUUGCCGCUGCAGAACCACGCCCUCCCAGUCCACACAGCUGCCGGGUCCCGGCCAUGGCUGUUGGCCGGGCUGGUGGUUUUUUAUGGCCUGUGCAGGCGAUGCAACAAUUGCCACAACCAGCGAAUUUAAGCGUUCUCGUUUAAGGGGAGCCAUAUCAGCGUGGGGAUGAGCCCCAGGAUGUUGGGACACUCGGAAAAAGUGGCCAAAAAAUUAACUAGUUUACAUUUUCAUAAGAAACGUUUUUGUUUUAAAAUUAAACAGAAAAUGGUUUUCUUCUUUUAGAGUUUAAAGUAUUCAUUGACGGGAAUACUAAGAUAUGGGUUUUAAAAAUUUGAAAAUUUGUUUGCCAAAAAAUAAUAAUCAAAAGAAAACUGGACUAUAAUAUUCCAAUGAUAUCAUAUUACCUUCCCGGAAACUUCCCAAUAAUUAAACAAAAUAAGUUGCAAACUUUCUAAUCGUGAUCCACAGUCUAAGCUUAAAAACAAAUUGGGUUUUGGAAUACUUAAAAUUGAAAAGUUUCUGGGAUCGAGAAAUGCUAUCAUGGACUUCUUUAGGCUAAAUAUUUUUCCGUGUGUUCCGUUCUUAGGAAUAGAUGCUACAAGAUGGUAAUGGGUAUAGGAUGGGGCAUGAGGAUGACUUGGAAUUUCCUAUAUACAAGUAUAGCGCUAAUUUACUCUCAAUUAUGCUGCAUGCGAGUCUGUAUGCGUGCCAUAUCGUUUGUGUGUGUGAUAUGAUUACUAAGAAUCGUCUCUGCAUAUAUAUUUUUGCGGAUAUAUAUAUAUGCCUCUAUGUAAUAUGUAUAUGUGUAUGUGUAUUGUACGAACUUGGAUAUGUAUGUAUAUUAUAUUAUAUGUUUAUCUGUAUGUACUUAUUGUAUAUGAAAUAAACGAAAACUUUUUAAUGUUAAA